CUGCCGUCGUCAGGUACUGUUCGCGUCUGUCUAGUAUCCGACCCCUAUGUCCCUUCUGUGAAUUAACAUCAAAUUUUUGGUGAAUUUGUUUAAAUUAUUAUGAUAUUUAAGUAAUACAAUAAAGUGAAGAAUGGCUCAAAGACUUCUUUUGUCAGCUCAAAAGCUUAAACUUCUAACGUAUGGAGGACAACAACAUAGAACAAUUGAUAGAAUUGAUUUAAGAAGGAGCUUAAUGCUUAUUCAGGAAACAACAAGCUCUCCGUUUCUCAAGUCAGUUUUACGUCAAUUCCGCCUCUACUGUCAGAAACCUCCAAAGGGAUUUGAAAAGUAUUUCAAACCCGGAGGAGCUCCUAAAAAAGAAACUCCAUCUAAGGGAGAAGCUGGAAGUAAAGAAGCAAAACAGGAUGCACCUCCUCCAUCACGACCAUCAGCAGGUCAAUCUCCUUCAUCCAAGCCAGGACCAUCUAAGCCCCAAGACCAGUGGUCUUUUGGAGUGUUCGGAGGAUCCAGGGGUGGUCCUGGAAGCGGUAAACAGUUUGGUGAGGGAGGAGAGAGAGAGAAGUGGGUGCUGUUUGGUGCCCUGGGUAUAGCUGCAGUUGUAGGCACACUGGCAUACUAUGAGAUGGGUUAUACGGAAAUUGGCUGGAAGGAAUUUGUCAACAAUUAUUUGUCCCGUGGAAUCGUAGAGAAGCUGGAGGUAGUCAACAAGAAGUGGGUCCGCAUUAGGCUGACACCCGGCAAUAAUGCAAAUGGAGCUAGUGUCUUGUGGUUCAACAUUGGAAGUGUGGAUUCGUUUGAGCGAAACCUGGAAAACGCACAGAUGGAAAUGAACAUUGAGCCACCCAACUAUGUACCGGUGAUUUAUAAAACUGAAAUAGAAGCGGCAAGUCUCUCUGGAUUACUACCAACACUAUUAAUUAUAGGGUUUGUGAUCUACAUGAUGAGGCGAUCAGCCGAGAUGAUGGGUGGGCGGGGACGAAAGGGAGGGGGACUGUUUGGAGGUGUCAUGGAAUCAACCGCCAAGCUGAUUAAUUCUAAUGACAUAGGAGUCAGAUUCAAAGAUGUAGCUGGCUGUGAGGAAGCAAAAGUUGAAAUCAUGGAGUUUGUGAACUUCUUGAAAAAUCCUCAACAGUAUAUUGAUUUGGGAGCGAAGAUCCCCAAAGGGGCAAUGUUAACAGGACCCCCAGGCACAGGCAAGACGCUGCUAGCCAAGGCCACUGCAGGAGAAGCCAAUGUCCCUUUCAUCACUGUCUCAGGUUCUGAAUUCCUCGAGAUGUUCGUGGGUGUGGGACCAUCCAGGGUAAGGGAUAUGUUUGCAAUGGCACGGAAACAUGCUCCUUGUAUCUUAUUUAUCGAUGAAAUUGAUGCUGUUGGAAGAAAGAGAGGUGGUCGCAGUUUUGGGGGACAUUCGGAGCAGGAAAACACAUUAAACCAGUUGCUGGUCGAGAUGGAUGGUUUUAACACAACCACAAAUGUGGUGGUGCUUGCGGCCACCAACAGAGUAGAUAUUCUGGAUAAGGCGUUGAUGCGGCCGGGCCGCUUUGACCGUCAGAUAUUCGUUCCUGCACCGGACAUCAAGGGCCGGGCAUCCAUCUUCAAGGUCCACCUGUCACCCCUCAAGACUGACUUGGACCGAGAUGACCUUGCCCGCAAGAUGGCUGCUCUCACACCUGGUUUUACAGGUGCUGACAUUGCGAAUGUGUGCAAUGAGGCAGCUCUGAUUGCUGCAAGAGACCUGAAGUCAUCUAUAACGAUGAAGCACUUCGAGCAGGCUAUCGAGCGGGUAGUGGCCGGGAUGGAGAAGAAGACCAAUGUGUUGCAGCCAGAGGAGAAGAAGACAGUUGCAUACCAUGAGGCUGGACACGCAGUUGCUGGUUGGUUCCUGCAAUAUGCUGACCCAUUGCUCAAGGUGUCCAUAAUACCAAGAGGCAAGGGGCUCGGCUACGCCCAGUACUUGCCUAAGGAGCAGUAUCUGUAUACCAAGGAACAGCUGUUUGACCGGAUGUGCAUGACCUUAGGUGGCAGAGUCUCAGAGGAGUUGUUCUUCAAGCGGAUUACAACUGGCGCUCAGGAUGAUCUAAAGAAAGUCACACAGAGUGCGUACGCUCAGGUGGUUCACUUCGGCAUGAAUGAAAAGGUGGGGAACGUAAGUUUUGACAUGCCACAGCCAGGUGAGAUGGUACUGGAGAAGCCUUACUCUGAGAGCACUGCACAGCUGAUAGACCAAGAAGUUCGGGUGCUCAUAGAUCGAGCGCACAAGCACACAACGGAUCUCCUCACACAGCAUAAGGAUGACGUAGCCAAGGUUGCCGAAAGGUUAUUGAAAAAAGAGAUAUUAAGUCGAGAUGACAUGAUCGAACUACUUGGUCCGAGGCCAUUCCCAGAAAAAUCUACUUACGAGGAGUUUGUCGAAGGUACCGGGUCAUUCGAGGAAGACACCACAUUACCGGAGGGACUAAAGGACUGGAAUAAAGAAAAAGAACCAAAGAGUAAUGAAACUAAACCCAAACCAGCCACAACUUAAAGUUGCAUUUUAAGCUAGAUUAGUUUCAGACUGUAACGUGCCUACACAUUAGUUACCUGUCUCUGUACAUAUUUUGUUGUGUAAUAAAUUAUAUUCAUCAGAAAUUACAACUUUUUUUAUUAAGUUAACUUAUUUUGAUUUUGUCUUUUUACGAAAAUGAUUGUAUUUCAAAUCAAUUUUUUUCUAGCAAUAAGUGGUGAUUGAUGUCCUGACUUGUUCUGCUGUAAAUUUAUUUGUACAUAAAAAAUAAAGUGUGAAAAAAUGUAGCUUAUAUCAUUUAUGCCAGUAUUAAUAACUAAAAAGAAAACUGAUUAGUGUUGAAAAAGCAGUUUUGUUACAGACAUAGGUUUAUAUAAAAUACAUUUCUUUUUACAGUU